AACAUCAUGGGAGGAUCAGUGGAAGAGGUCUCCUUCACUGCACUCUGCAAAGAACAUCUAAGAUCUGCUUUCUGCAAUGCCUGUGUCAUUUCCUUUAUGGAAAUGAUCUGGGGUCUUUGUACGUUCCUCCUGCUCCUUGCUUUUUGCCCUCCAGUGCUCUGUCAGCUGGCAAGCAUAUUACAUCAGGCUUCACAAGGAGCAUUCUGAAGUGAUGGCAUCGUGGAAGGGACUCUACAGUAAUGUGGAUAUGACUGAUCUUGGGAUAAAGAAGCCGAGGGCUCAUGAGCAGAGGAGUCAGCCAGCAGGCACCAAAGGGUACCCCAAGGAAGAGAGUGUGUAUGAGCCUUUUGACCCUGCAGUCAGUUUGGAGAAGAAGCAAACAGUGCAGAUGACUGCCACAUGGUGUCCAGCCUGGAAGCCAUCUUGCACACGCAGGAUGGUUUUAGUAGCUGGUACUGCUCUACUGGCUGCAUCCAUGUUCCUAAAUGUGCUGCUGUUUGCUCUGGGAAUUGUGCACUGUAAGUGGUCUACUGGCUCUCUAGCGGCUGAUGGAAUACUAGAUUCCAAGAUAGCUGCUACUUUGGAGCAAGUGCGGGCAGAGAACAGGAAGCUCCAGGAGACAGUCCCCAGCUCCUUCUUGCUGUACAAUGAGGAUCGCAAGGUUUGUGUGACUAGGAAACAGCCCAACUCUCUCACAGAAUCUUCCUGUGACCCUGAUGUUCAGGUGCAGCAUUUUCAGUUGCUCUCCAGAGGCCUCCUUCAUCAUGUGGACUCACAACGCUGUGUGGCUGCUACUGUGGCACUAAGCACUGCACGCCUCCUUCUGCAGCCCUGCAAUGCACAGAGCCCACUCCAGAGAUGGGAAUGCCGUGAUAAUGAUCUGCUGGCCCUGGAGGGCAAGGAUCUGUAUUUCAACUCUGGCAACAAUGUGAAAAGUCUGGUGAUGUUGUACAAUCGCAAUGGCCCCUGGAGUCGCUGGCUCAUCCAUGGCACCCGCAAAAACAUCUGUAGCACUUGUCCUCCCUUUGCCAUGGACUGGACUUUCUUUCAGGGCAGCUACUACUACUUCUCACGUUCUCUGGGAACCUGGGAUGUGGCUAACCAAACAUGUGCCUUUAUGGGAUCUCACCUAGUGAUGAUCAACAGUGCAGAGGAGAAGGGACACGUUACAACCAUCAUGAAAGUUUCUUCCUGCUGGAUCGGUCUUACUGACCAGGAGCAUGACGGUGCCUGGAAGUGGGUGGAUGGGACACAUGUAGGACCUGGCAACAGCUAUUGGCAUCAAAAUGAGCCCAACGGUGGAAAUGCUGAGAAUUGUGCCCUGAUGAAAAGCAGUCAGUGGUAUGACUACCCCUGUAAAGAGAGUUAUCAUUGGAUCUGUGAGAGAGAGCUUUAGUUCAAUGGGGUGCAAUCACCAGCUUUGUCAUACUGCCCUCCACUUUCAGCAUCACCAAUCCCUUCCAGCUCACUUCAGCACCUGAAAAGCACAGAAUCUUGCAAGAUCACAUACAGAUUCCAGCUGAUCGGUACAGAUAUUUGUCCUCUGACUUCUCAGAAUGCUAAGAAAACUCAAACGCUUGCAUGCAAAAUAAGUUCUCCAGCACUCUUUAUUUCACAGAAAUAUUCUCCAUGUGCUGUCAUUCUGCUUACAGGUUCCCCCCCCCCAAUUUGAUGUGCCACACCUUAGCCUUUAUUUUAUAAGAAUAAUAUUUUAUAAAUUUCUCAACCAAGGAAUGUGUACAAUGUAAAAUCUGACUUUUUUGCGGAUCAUCAUAAUCUAUGGAAUUUGUGCUUUACAGUAGAUCUCCUCUCCAUGACACCUAAUAUAAAGCAUUAUUUUGUCAUUUGUAAAGUAUUCUGUCCAGCUAAGCAAUCUGUUAC